AUGGAGGCGGAUGUCUCUGACAUUGCCAUUGAGGCGGUGUUACUCCAGGUGACGAUGCCCAGCGGUGCCCUCUUCCCUUGCGCGUUCAAUUUCCGUGUAACGUACAUACCCAGUGGUCACAACCAAAGAGCGGAUGUUCUGUCCAGGAAGCCCAAAUAUUCCCAAGCAGAAGACAAGCUUCUGCCCAGGACAGAAGCCCAUCGAGUCUUUUGCUACGGUGUGGGAGCCGAUAGAUGUAUGGGCUCGGAUUCAGGAGGCCCAGCAGCAGGAUGGGUGACCUUGUACCACACAAUCACUUGCUGUCCUCCAAAUUCACCAAAUCAAAAGUGUAACUGGUUGCCACUUAUUGUUCAUCAUCAUGUUUCAGCUCUGGAUCCAGCGGGGCCAAAAUACACCAGAGCCAGCCCUGAGGAACGUCUGGAUCCUGGGGAUGCUCUCUUCGUAGAAGCCAUUCACACAGAUUCGGAUAAUUUUGGUAUCCGAAUACCCGUGGGGCACAUUGAUUACUAUCUCAAUGGAGGGAAAGAUCAGCCUGGAUGUUCCCGUCUCAUAUUAUAUGGCUACCAGUACCUGAUCUGUGACCAUAUGAGAGCUGUGCAUUUCUACAUCAGUGUCUUGAAAGAUUCCUGUCCAAUGAUGGCUUUCCCUUGCUCCAGUUAUAAGAAUUUCUUAGGUGGUCACUGUUUAGAUUGCUUCGAUCCUUUCUUGCUCUCCUGUCCCACAUUAGGACUUUUGGAUAAUGGAGGACUCAACAUGAAAACAUUGCCUAGAGAGGUUAAAGUUUACUUGGCCACAGCUGCAUCAGCACCAUACUGUGUACACCAUACACUUGUGGAAUUCCACUUGCAGCAGAGGAGAGCUUCAGAUACCAAUAUUGAGAUAACCCUUCUCACGAGCAACUCCUCAGCUAGCACCAGCUUCAUCAUACCCAAGCAGCAAAUGCUGGGCAAAGGCUUGCUGAUUCAUUCUGCUCCACUAUGCCAGAUAGAAAGUGUGAUGUUGCAGCACCAUCACAAGUUCUGGAAAAGGAAGAAAGAUGAGCCACCUAUUGUUGGGCACUUUUGUACUGCACCUCUACCUGUGGAUAAAAAUGAGAAGAUGAUGUGCUUGCCACAAGUGAUGACUAUUACAAACCAUAACCCCCUUCUCCAGAACCUCAACAUUAAGUGUGAUUAGCACAGUUUUCCCUUGUGGACACAGAGAUUAUAACAGGUAGACAGGUAACUUAGAAAGUAGAUACUUUAAAAUCAAAUGUGUGGCGUUCAUUUUUUGAAUAUGUGUUUUCUGUCACAGAAUACUUGUUUCACUUCAACUGUUAAUCAUUUUAAGCCUGUUUUUAGUAAAAAAUUAAAUAGUUUUACAACUAUGAAGAAAAUAAAUACAAUGUACAUAAAAUGGAACAGCACCUAAUUGAACAGGACCUAUUACUAAUAAAUCUGGAGUGAAAAUGAGUACAUGGUGCUAAUUGUUUGAAGUGUUCCCUAUAUCAUACUGUUCACUGUAAAUGCAGUUCUCCAUUUAGAAGGAAACAAAUGGCAUGUUUUUAAGAGUGGAAGGCCAUUAUCAAGGAAGAGGGCAUUUCAUGAAUUUCUCUUCUACUCCUUAUGUUCAUUAGCACAUUCAAUUCAGU